AUGAAUAGAAUAAUCCUAUCCCUAUCAUCAGUGGUGAAAGUGUUAAAUUAAAAUUAAAAGUACUCUUAGUUAUAGGCUAUGGUAGUACGGCUACAUCAAGUUGGUUUUGUUAACGUCUCUGAACUCGCCUCGCCUUCUUCAACCACAUCAGGAGAUUUUUAAGUCCUCCGACCUCCAGUCUCCAGUCACUAGUCAGAUAGAUAGUCAUUAGUCAUUCAUUGCAUGCAAAAACUGUAGGCCUACUAUCUAUCACACAACUCGUCAGAUUAGAUCACACCAAAUUUUUCCAGGAUUAAUGCAAAGUUUUAGCUGUUUAAAAACCAGGUGGAAAGUUUUCUUCAAGAUGUGUUGUUGUAACCACCUUGUCAGGAGCCUGUGGAUGGGGUAUCAAGAUGAGUGUGUUCCAAAGCUGCAGCAACACCAGCGAUGCGACCCCUCUCUCCUCCCCUCAGAGCUUGUACCUCAAACCUGUAGCUCGAUUAAACAUAUCCGUACAGCUCCCCAACUUGAAAACACCUGGAAAAAGUAUCUCCAACUGGGAAGUGAUGGAGAAACUGCGACAUUAUGCCGUGCCAGAAGAGCUCUAUCAUCUGAAAGUAGCCAAGAGUACGUUAGAAGUAGUGAGGUUCGAAGCAGAGAUAGAAGACCGCUCAAAACUUCUGGCCGUCUUGGCCCGACUCAAUGGGCGAUCCCUGAAACUCUCAGGUUUCCAUGAGAGCCUUAAAGUGAGAGCGGCUGAAGCUAAACCUGAUUUUCCUAAUCGUCAUUCGUGGGAUUCUUACUUCCGGGAUGCAAAAAACAUGAAUGAAAUGAAACCUGGUGAAAGACCUGACACAAUUCAUAUCACUAAUCUUCCUUGUAAAUGGUUUGCUGCAAAAUCUGAUGCUUCAAAGCCGAGUGAAUAUGUUUUGAGAAAAGUAUUUGAAGUUUUUGGUGAAGUUCGAUGUGUUGAUAUUCCAAUGUUGGAUCCUUUCAGAAGCCAAAUGAAAUCUCACAUAUCUGGUAUUAAGAUGUUUUCCAAUAACCAGAACUUAAUAUUUGAGGCUUAUGUUCAAUUUAAAGAGUAUAUGUGUUUUGUGAAAGCCAUGGACGCUCUCCGCGGAAUGAAAUUAAUGCACAAGGACGAGACCGGAAAGGCUUUUACUGCUAGUAUUAAGGUGGACUUUGAUAAGACAAAACAUCUGAGUGACAGCAGCAUUCGUCGUAGGAGAGUCGAGCGAGAGCGGCUCAUGGCCAAAGAACAGGAGCGAGAAGACCAAGAGCGGCAGAAGAGAGAAGAAGAAGAACUUAAAUUGGCUGCAGAGAGAAAGCGAGCCGAGGAGGAGAGGGCAGCUAAGUUGGAGAGACAGCGGCAACGGGAGGAGCGACGCAAGGCCAAGAUGUUGGAGAGACUCAAGCACCGAGAGGCGGACGACAUGAAUAAAAAGAUAGCAACAGAAGAAAGACUCUUGCUCAUAGCUCAGCGGAGACUGGAGUCCUUUAGACUGUUGGGAGAGCUGUUCAACCGGCUCAAGGUUGCCAAGGAAAAUGAACGAUACAAUAAAAGAGAGAAGUGGAAAAAACAGUCGGAUGGUGUGAAAAAACUAGGAUCGGAAGAAUCAGGGAAUGACCUUCAAGAAAAAGAGAAAGCGCUUAGAGAUAAACUUGUCAACAAAUUUAAGCACGAUGAUAAAAAGGAUAAAUCUCACAUGAACAGAGAUGAAGGCAGAGGUUCUAGCAGUGGUUGUGAUCUUUCUGAUGCUCCGGAGGCGUACAAUGAUCUGGAAGUGGACCAAGAAGAGUACAACCAAGGAUUUCAUCGUGGGAGAGGUCGAGGACGGUUCAACAGAGGAAGGUGGCGCAACAACUUUAACUUCAGAGGCAAUCAAUAUCCUCAUCCUCAAAUGCCUUUCCAGCCGUUCCCUAACCGAGGAGGGUUCUUUCCUAGAGGAGGCUUUCCUCGAUGGCCUCGAUAUCAGCGAGGGAGAGGAGGAGGAGACCAUGGCUUCUUUCCCCCUCCUUUCAUCGACCCUUUCUACCUGAUAAAUGAUCCGUAUUACAAAUACUUUCAAAAGGUCGCAUUCGGGAACAACCACCCUAGGUCGAAAUCUCGUUCUCGAUCUCGCUCCAGUUCCAGGACCAGGUCGUAUUCGAGGUCCUACUCUAGGUCGUACUCAAGGAGUCGUAGCAGAUCUCGUAGUGGCAGCAGGUCGAGACAUCGGCGCUCUCGCUCUCGCAGAAGCAGUAGUCGUUCUAGAUCCAGAUCCAGGGGACGCAGAAGAAGUAGACGCCGGAGUCGAAGUCCUCGACGCAAAUCCCAUUCUUCCAGACACUCGCACAAAAGUGAUAAGAAACAAGAGAAAUCGGAUGUGGAAGUAAAUGUAGAAAGAGAUAAAUCAGUAGAUAAAGUUCCGUCUGUACAUACAUGGUCGAGAUCUCCUUCCCAUUCUAGGUCUCUCUCUUGGGAGAAACGUAAAGAUGAACCUUCUUCAUCAACUGGUCACAAGCACAAGAAAGAGAAAAAAAGGAAGAAAGAGAAGAAGAAAAAGAAAAAGGAUGACAAUUAAUUAAGUCGUUAUCUAGUCAAUCCAUUAUGUUCACGUGUCAAAAUCACCUUGUGGUCCAUUGUAUCUUAUUUUUUUAUUUUCUUACAAUAUUAAUAUUACAUGUGAAAUUGUCAAUAGGGUUAGUGUCAUACUUUUAAAACUUUAUAUUUGUGUUAUAUACAAUUGUUUUCUUACAAUAGUUUUUAACAGUGAUGGAUGGGUUGAUUGAUAUAUAAAUUAAGUGGAUAAUCUAAAUACUGAUAGUAAUACAUUUAAAAAAAAUUUCUUUUUUUACCAUUGAUGUCUAGGCUAUUAGCUAUAAUAAACAGAUGAGCAGUAGUUUUUGGUUGUAUUGAGCAUUAGACUUCAAUUUCUAACAAUAGGUACACAGUAGAUAACCUCUUGUUCAGAUCUCUGGUUUAAGCAGCCACUCUCGUGUAGCUUUGUCCAUAGCUACCUAAAGACAAAAAAUCCUUUUCGUCCAGGGUAGGAUAAAAGUUAUUGCCAUAUUAAUUGAUUGUUUAGUGUUAAAAACCUAAGUUGUCUUAAUUUGACAUACACAAAGUGUGGGUUUUGUAUUAAGUCGGCCUUAGUCCACUAACAAGACUACAAGAUCACGCCAUUCAUACUUGGCUAAAAAUUUCAGUCCCAAGGAAUCCAAUCGAGAGGGAGUCUUCCAUAAUUUAAUUACAAUUUGUGUCAAUUCAAUGUUUAAACUAUAAAAUAAAUCCCUUUAUAACCUGACUAUAUCUUUUGUACUACAGCAAGUAUUUGAUUUGUUUUAUUGAUUAAAGAAUAUUAACUGAACUAAAAAUUGAUGUCAUCACAAUCAUCCUAGCUGUCAUAUAAUAUAUGUAAUAUAGCGUGUCGCUAUGCGUCACAUAGCAAAUAAACCACAAAUGACUCAACACAAACGGUAAGAAAAAAAAGUGAAAAGAGAAUCAACCCAUCCUUAUUUUUCAUUUGCUUUGUUUUAAAUAAGUAGCAGGCAAGUUCAUUUUCACCAGAGGUAAUAAUUCUUCACAACCACAGUAGUAUGUACUCCGAUUAUCCAAAAUCAUUGGGGAUCAGGAUAUGCUGAAAUUUUAAGUAGUGGGUCCCAAAAAAUUUGGUAUUUGACAUAAAAACUAAAUUACAACAGUUAAAUAAAUUGUAUACUGGACAUAUUGUGUGCGGUAACAGCGGGGGCUCUCAUUUUUACGCUCAUGUUGCCAUAGGGUCAACACAAUAUCGCUUCAUACGCUCCCUCUGGGAUUUUAUUAAUAAUCAUAUUUUUAACAUUUUACUCAAAAUUGAUUCUGAUAAUCUGAUUUCUACUGUGGUUAUGAAAUAUCUUCUGUACAUGUUUUUAAAGCUCAGUUUUGACUCCCAUGUCUUUAGUUGUAACUUGUAUAAGGGAGUUUAACCUUUGGCUAUCUAGUAGCUAAGAUAGUUUAAGCCGAUAAAAGUUUCAACCAAUUUUCAUAUUUAACAAUAAUUAAUUAUUGUGAAAACAAAAAGUUAAAACACUCUGUUUUUUUUUUACUAUUCAGGUACUGUAGAGACUGAUUCUUAUUUAGACUCUUGUAUUUAUAGGGCUCACAAAUUACAUGUCUGUCCAUAUUCCUAGAACAACCCAUAGACCAGUACAAUCUGGUUUACAGAUGUUUUUGUUGUGUUCAUUUACAUGUCUGUCCAUAUUCCUAGAACAACCCAUAGACCAGUACAAUCUGGUUUACAGAUGUUUUUGUUGUGUUCAUUUAUUGUUUGCUGUCAUUUCACUUAUUCAAUAAUAAUUAUUGAAUGAGUGAAAUGACAUUAAUUAUUAAUGUUGGACUGUACUACUUCUGAAUAACCAACCACCUGUAUUUUUAUAAACCGUACGAAGUGUUAUUAUAAAAAACAGAAUACUAAAGAUCCUUAAUUAACAUAAAGCUUUAAUAAGUAAUAAAUAUUAUGUAGAUACCAUUCCAGCUUAGAACAAACCUAACUCUUUUCUGUUAUUUCAUUGUAAAAGAGCUUAUUUUCCUUUUUGUACUUAGAAAGUAAACAUGAACAUUUGUUAUUAAACGAUUUUCUAAGAGAUAUGU